AUGGAAGAUUCUUCAUACAAGGAGCAUCAAGAAGGCCUCGGAGUGAAGAUGUCAACGGCGACGCAGUACCACCACGGUGCUCCCGGCCGGAGAAUAUCGCAGGGAGCCGGCUGGCAAGUUGAUAAGUUUCAGACGUCGACAUCGUCGAUCACUGCCUUCAGCGAAGGCGACGCUGACACGCGAUUGUUCUUCAACUCGCCAGAACAGGCUCCGCACAUGGGACAAACUGCCCUCUACAAACAACUUAAGCUUUUCGAGAAGUUUGUUCGUCCUGGGCAGACGCUGGAGCAGAGUUUUCAAGAAUUCAAUCAUGACUCUAUCCGUUUGAUUCUUCCUGAUGCAGAUAAGAAAAAUUCGCUGAGUGCCUACAUCAAGCUCGAGAUGAUGUAUCCGAAAGGCGUCGACGGCGUCUCUAUUCUUAAUGGCUUUGUCGACUACGCUAUCGCAACAUCAUUGCGAGAAUCCGACUCCUUGAGGCGGGCGCAAUUGCAAGAUGAGUUGAAGGCGCUGCGGUCUCAGCUGAAGACCUUGCGUAGUGAUCGUAUCGCUCAACUGAAUGAGGCAAUAGGGAUUGCCCGUUCCUUGGGUAUUCAAAAGCCAGCUACGCCUUCCUCACUUGGCGAAUCGGCUGUAACAGGUGCUGGCAGUGUGAUGCGUACUGAAGUGAACAAUCAGCAGAUUCCGCUCUAUUUUAUGGGGGUGGAUGCGCUUAAGGCUGAGCUUGCUGCAUUGCAGUCGCGGAAGUCGGACGACUUUACCGAGUCGCGCAUCGCUCAAAUCGCCAAGGAGCUUCAGUUGCUGGCCUCCAACCGAGAGAUUUUCCGUUUGAGCGGUCUGAAUAUUGAUAUGGCGAAGCUGAAGUUGGUGAGCAUUGACCAGCAAGCCCUUGAGCCACUGGUUCCGUCGAGUCCUAAUCGCCCAUUGAUCAUUUUGCUUGGCCUGCUCUUCGGCGCUAUUGCCGCGAUAGCGUUGAAUGCAGAUGAGCGUUUUGAGGCCAAAAUCUGCGUCACGGGUCAACACCGUGAAAUGCUGGAUCAAGUGUUAGAGUUAUUUAAACUUGAGCCUGACUUUGAUCUGAAUAUCAUGAAGUCGGGUCAAGACCUUACCGAUGUGACAACUGGUAUUCUUCAGGGAAUGAAGGAAAUCUUCCGGACCUAUCGGCCGGAUAUUGUUUUGGUGCAUGGUGAUACCGCCACGACCUUUGCAACUACAUUGGCGGCGUAUUAUCAGCAAAUUCCUGUCGCUCAUAUCGAAGCAGGACUUCGUACCGGGAAUUUAUACUCUCCCUGGCCGGAAGAGGCCAAUCGAAAGUUGACGGGAGCGCUCGCGUGUCUUCACUUCGCUCCUACCGAAAGAUCGGAGCAGAAUUUACUGCGUGAAGGGGUUGCACCUGACGCAAUUCAUGUGACGGGAAAUACUGUAAUUGACGCUCUGCUUGAGGUCGUCCAGAAGCUCGAGUCCAAUGAACAGUUAAAGCAGAAGUUUUCUCAGCAGUUCGCUUUUUUACCCACUCAGCGCCGCGUCAUCCUCGUGACAGGGCAUCGACGUGAAAGCUUCGGCGAUGGAUUCGAAAGAAUUUGCAGUUCGUUGGCUACGAUUGCCCAUGAGUUUGAUGAUGUCGAGAUUGUCUACCCUGUUCAUUUAAAUCCAAAUGUCCGUGAACCGGUCAAUCGUUUGUUGGCUGGCAUAAAAAAUAUUCACCUCAUAGAACCCUUGGAUUAUCUGCCUUUCGUAUAUUUGAUGAAUCGGUCGUAUUUGAUUCUGACUGAUUCCGGUGGCGUGCAGGAAGAGGCUCCUUCUUUGGGCAAGCCUGUCCUGGUAAUGCGGGACACUACUGAGCGGCCUGAGGCGAUUGAGGCCGGUACCGUCAGAUUGGUCGGUACAGAGAAGGACAAGAUAGUUCACCAUUUGCGUGAGCUUUUACUUGAUCAAAAGGCUUACGAGGAAAUGAGCUUUGCUCAUAAUCCUUAUGGUGAUGGUUUGGUCAUGGAAUUUUCCACUAUUUCUGUCAUUGGUCUGGGCUACAUUGGUUUGCCAACCGCAGCCGUUUUUGCCGCGCGAAAGUUAAAGGUCAUUGGUGUCGACGUUAAUCAAAAGGCCGUCGACACGAUCAACGGUGGACAGAUUCAUAUCGUUGAGCCUGAUUUGGACAUAGUCGUGCAUGCGGCCGUGACCGAGGGGUAUCUGCGCGCGAGCACUCGACCAGAGCCGGCGGAUGCUUUCCUGAUUGCCGUGCCCACUCCGUUCAAGGAUGGUCAUGCUCCAGAUCUUUCUUACAUUGAGUCCGCAAGCAAAUCCAUUGCGCCAGUACUGAAAAAGGGUGACCUGGUCAUUCUUGAGUCCACCUCACCGGUGGGGGCGACCGAAAAGAUGGCGUCGUGGCUGGCUGAAGCACGCCCUGACCUGACGUUUCCGCAGACCCAUGGCGAGGCGUCGGACGUUCGCGUUGCGCACUGCCCUGAGCGUGUACUUCCAGGUCAUGUUUUGCGUGAGUUGGUACAGAAUGAUCGCGUCAUUGGCGGGAUGACCCCCAAGUGCUCGGACGCGGCGACACGUCUCUACAAGUUGUUUGUAGAGGGCGAGUGUAUUAUCACCAAUGCCCGAACCGCAGAAAUGUGCAAGUUGACAGAGAACAGCUUUCGCGAUGUCAACAUCGCCUUCGCGAACGAAUUGUCGAUGAUAUGCGAUAAGUUUGAUGUCGACGUCUGGGAGCUUAUCAAGCUUGCCAACCGGCACCCUCGCGUUAAUAUUCUCCAGCCAGGGCCUGGCGUGGGUGGACACUGCAUCGCCGUUGACCCUUGGUUCAUCGUCAGCCAGGCUGAUGGUCAGGCGAAACUGAUCAAAACGGCACGUGAGGUCAAUGACUCGAAACCAUCGUGGGUUAUUGAAAAGGUUGAUGCUGCUGUGGCCGAUCAUCUGUCGAGUCACCCCGAGAAGUCGGAAAAAGACAUUGUUAUUGCGUGCUUCGGCCUGGCAUUCAAGCCCGAUAUUGACGACCUGCGUGAAAGUCCAUCUCUGGAAAUUACGAAAAAUAUCUCAAACCGUCACGCCGGGAAAGUUAUUGUCCAGGCUAUUGCCCGCCUGUUGAAGAUCGGCGGUCAAGGCUCGGAUUUGCUGGCCCCAUGCAUCGUUGCCAAUGAUGAGCAUCGUUUCCUGUGUCUCGACCAGAUACGGGAGAUGAGCGUCUCUAAAGCUGUAGUCAUUCUUGAGCCGGUAGGACGCAAUACUGCUCCUGCCCUUACGUUGGCGGCGCUCUAUGCGCGCGAUGAAGUGGGUCAGGAAGUUGACCCUGUCCUGGUUGUUGUCCCGGCCGACCAGAUGAUUCUCGAUAUUCAAGCCUUUACUGAUACGGUCAGUAAAGCUAUCGACGUUGCAAAAGACGGCAGCAUUGUGAUCUUGGGGAUCACGCCUGACCGUCCUGAAACGGGUUAUGGUUAUAUCCACUCGGCAGAUCCCUCUAACGUCAAGAGGGUGGACGCGUUUGUUGAAAAACCUGAGCGGUCAACUGCAGAAAAAUACCUGGAAGAUGGAAGCUAUUUCUGGAAUAGCGGCAUUUUUGUGCUGCGUGCGUCAGUCUGGUUGAAAGCACUGAGCGCGUUCAGAAGGGACAUCUUCGAUGCCACUGAAGCCGCGUGGAAGGGCCGAGUUCAGGAUAAUGGGUUUAUUCGACCACAACUCGAAGCGUUCUCCCUGAUACCGCCAGAGUCAAUUGACUACGCCGUGAUUGAGCAUUGUGCGAAAACGCCUUCAGCCGGUCUGAAGCUAAAAAUGCUGACGAUGGAUGCCGGUUGGUCCGAUCUGGGUGCAUGGGAUGCUGUUUGGCGUUCGAGUGAAAAGGACGAAAAACAAAACGCUACUCAUGGCGAUGUAAUCAUAGACUCCAGCUCCAAUACAUUGGUUUACGCCUCUCACCGUUUGGUAACGGCCGUGGGGCUUGAAAAUAUUGUUAUUGUCGAAACGCCUGAUGCGGUAUUGGUUGCGGAUAAAGACCGUAGCCAGGGUGUCAAGGCCAUUGUCGAAGCAUUGAAUGUCAAGGCCAGGCCAGAGUCAAAGCUUCAUCGUCGUGUUCAUCGCCCCUGGGGCUGGUACGACAGCAUAGAUUCCGGCUCGCGCUUUCAGGUGAAGCGAAUACUGGUGAAGCCGAAAGCAACAUUGAGUUUGCAGAAGCAUUACCACCGCGCGGAACACUGGAUUGUUGUGUCUGGCACCGCUGAGGUCACCUGUGAAGAUCGCGUUUUUCAGCUGAACGAGAACCAGAGUACUUAUAUCCCUAUUGGCCAUGUUCAUCGCCUUUCCAAUCCCGGCACCAUUCCUCUUGAGAUCAUUGAGGUGCAGUCAGGAACGUACUUGGGUGAGGAUGAUAUUGUUCGAUUUGACGAUACCUAUGGACGUGUU